AUUUUAACAACCUUAUCUAUACCCCUAGACGCUUUGUCCAUCGGUUACAUAAAAAUAUUAAAAGCAUUUCUUACAAUAACAGCUUCCUGGCCAUACCAAAUAGCUGGCGGCAAGGUUCACCCCUUGUACAAGUACUAUGGCCGUUGCAUCGUAAUACCCGCCGGAGUUACAUCCAUCAGUUUAGAAGUAUGGUUCCUGAUCGACAACUUCAAUGUUUUAUCUCUCUUUGAAGUGGGUCAGAUGUAUUUGACAUUAUUUUUUGCUGCCUUGUCAAUAGUUCGAACGUUUCUUCCACUUUACUCUCGAUACGGAGAACUAGUGGAACGAUUCCUGCUUUCUUUUCAUCUUACACAUUUCAAGCAUAAGGGCAGCUACCACCUUAAGAUCUAUGAGAAGUUUGAAUGGGUUUCCCAUCGCGUUGUAAUAAUAACAAUGGCAUUAGGGAUGUUCUGUGCCGUCGUAUACAACAUGAUUCCCAUCAUCAACAACAUCAGCAGCGGGGCAUACAAAAAUGACAAUAAGACCGUCGAGUUGUCCGUCUACUUCUCUUACCCAGGCUUUGAUCCUCAGGACCACUAUAAGUUUGCCACAAUCUACAACUUCUACAUAGUUUUCGUAUGCGCCAUUUUAGUUGGUGGUAUAGACAUCCUCAUGUCGUUGUUCGUUAUUCAAAUAAUCGGGCAUAUUGAAGUGCUUAAAAAUAGUCUGCUGACCUUUCCUGGGCCCAAGAAGUCCACGGAUAUAAUAAACGCACACUUUGGAGGAAAAAAGCAGUUUUCAGUUAUAACAGCUCCAAUGUUCACCGAGGAAGAAAAUCUUGUAAUUAAGGAAAAAAUUAAAGAUUGUGUUAAACAUCAUCUAUUUAUUGUCAGUUUUACAGAUGACAUGUCGGACUUUUUUGGACCAGUGUUAGCUAUUUACUAUCUCUUUCAUCAAGUAUCGGGAUGUAUAUUGCUUCUAGAGUUAUCAGCAGGCGACCCAGGUGCUCUAACCAAAUAUGGCCCCCUCACAGUAACAAUCUUCGGACAGCUAAUUAUUAUAUCAACUAUUUUUGAAAUAGUUAACACCAAGAGCGAGCUCCUUGCGACAACGGCAUACUUAAUGCCGUGGGAGGGCAUGAACGUGUCCAACCGGCGCUCCGUGUGCCUUCUGCUGCGUCGCCUGCAGCAGCCCAUCGCCGUCCGCGCGCUCGGCGUCACCGCCGUCAACGUGCAGACUAUGAGCACGGUACGUUGCCGGUUUGUGCACCGACACAGCGCGCCGAGUGAGCAUGUCCAACCGGCGCUCCGUGUGCCUGCUGCUGCGUCGCCUGCAGCAGCCCAUCGCCGUCUGCGCGCUCGGCGUCACCGCCGUCAACGUGCAGACUAUGAGCACGGUACGUUGCCGGUUUGUGCACCGACACAGCGCGCCGAGUGA